UCACCAAAGAUGGCUCCUCACGCAGACACCGAAACCAGUUCGAUCCCACAUUCAAACACGAAUCAGUUCUCCAACCCACCAUGCUCUAUGCUGCAUGUUGAGGGUGCAGACAUCGUCGAUGCCUCGGGCUCGAAGGUCAUCCUCAAGGGCGCAGGCCUCGGUGGUCACUUGAACUUUGAGAACUUCAUUACUGGUUACCCUGGACAUGAACACGAGCACAGAGCCGCAAUGGCUGAAGUCCUGGGCAAGGAGAAGGCUCAGUUCUUUUUUGACCGCUUGAUACAUUACUUCUUUACUGAUGCAGAUGCUGCAUACUUCCAAAGUCNNUUUAUAGUCUUGCUAUACCUCAACUCCUCGCAGGGUCUUAAUUGCAUUCGUAUACCCUUCAAUUACCGUCAUUUCAUCGACGACGACAACCCGUCUGUGAUCAAAGACGCCGGCUUCAAGCUGUUGGACAACAUCGUCGACAUUUGUGGUCGCCACAACCUUUACGUUAUCCUCGAUCUUCACGCUGUGCCAGGUGGACAGAAUCAAGAUUGGCACUGCGACUCCGGAAUCGGUAAAGCUCUGUUCUGGGACUUCAGACUCUUCCAAGACCAGAUGAUCGAUCUAUGGGUGCACAUUGCCAAGCACUACGUCGGCAACCCAGUCAUCGCAGGCUACAACCCCCUCAACGAGCCGGCAGACCCCAAGCAUACACGCCUAGUUGCUUGGUACGACAGGAUGGAAAAAGCCGUCCGAGAAGUCGACCCCGACCACAUUCUCUGGGUGGACGGCAACACGUAUGCCAUGGACUUUAGUCACUUUACAAGAAUCAUGCCGAAUACAGUCUACGCCUGCCACGACUAUGCCAAUCUCGGCUUCCCCAUCGAAGGUCAAGCUCCAUACACCGGCACCGAAGAGCAGAAUGCCAAAUUGCGUCGCCAAUUCAAUCGCAAAGCAGAGUUUUCGCGCCAGCACAAUGUACCGUUAUGGAAUGGCGAGUUUGGACCUGUGUAUGCGGAUCCCAGUGCGGAUUCCGAUGCCGAAAAGACAAACGUCGGCAGGUUUGGCGUGCUGAAGGAGCAGCUGAGCAUUUAUGCCGAGUCGCAAAUCCAUUGGACCAUUUGGCUGUACAAGGAUAUUGGAUAUCAAGGCAUGGUGCACUUAUCUCGCUCAUCACCCUAUUAUCUGCUCAUUGCCGAAUGGAUCGCCAAGAAGCAACAUCUAGCACUCGACAAGUGGGGUGUAGUAGACGAAACCGGCGUGUCCUCCACUUACGACCCUUUUCUCGCCGACAUCAAGAAAAUGGUACCUGAGCACUUGCACAACACAAAGUAUCCCCACCACUGGACCAUCGAAAAACAGUUCAAGAGAAUCAUAAAAGAGUGCUUGUUGUCAGAUUACCUAAGCCUGGAGUUUGCAGAGCUGUUCAAGGGUAAAAGCGAACAAGAGCUCGAUGAACUGGCGGCGAGUUUCAAGUUUGAGAAUUGUGUUACCAGAGACAGAUUGACCGAGAUCUUGCAGGCGGAUGCCGCAAAGUCGAGGGUUGAGUAG